AUGUCUUUUCUCAGGACCUUUUCGAACAACUCUGACAUCAUUCAUCCUCCAGGCUUCUAUAUCAUCGGAUUUGAGACAUUUCCCUUCAUCAGUGUCUACUUCAUCUUUCUGGCGUUUGUUUACAUGGUGACAGUGCUCUUUAAUAGUUUGGUGAUCUGUAUAAUUGUCUUUAAUCGUUGUUUACACUCUCCAAAGUUUCUGGCUGUGGCCAACCUCGCAGUGAUUGAUGUGAUCCUGAACACAUGUACUAUUCCAGGCAUGAUAAAGAUAUUCCUGGUUAAGGAUAACUUUGUUCCAUUCAACCUGUGUUUGGUACAGAUGCACAUUUACUAUAUGUUUGUAUCAUUGGAGUCAUAUGCACUGGCUAUACUUGCCUAUGACAGGUUGAUUGCAAUAUGUUUCCCUCUCCGUCACAACUCCAUCAACACAUUGCGGAGUAUGUCCUGUAUUGUUGGCCUGUCUUGGUUGUUUGCUCUCGGAGUAACAGCCUUUGCGACAGGUAUAAUGACUCGACUGUCUUUUUGUAACUCUGUCAGGGUGUUCAGCUAUUUCUGUGACUAUGCGCCUGUGUUCAGACUGGCCUGUAAUGAUUUCACAAUGCAGUGGUCUGCAGCUUCUACUCUUAGUGUUCUGAUCCAGGGGGGGCCCUGUUCUUUUAUCCUCCUGUCUUACGUCAGCAUCUUGGUGACUGUGUUCAGGAUGAAAUCUUUAGACAAUCGGUUAAAAGCUUUGACCACUUGCAUUGAGCAUCUCAUCCUUGUUGCUGUGUUUUACAUUCCUCUCAUUACCAUUUUCACUUUUGGGUUUCAUCUGCGUCUCAUCGACCCGGACCAGCGUGUGCUGAGCCUGUCUCUGGCCUCUUGCCUCCCACCCUGCAUCAACCCUAUUGUGUAUUCUUUGAAAACUAAAGAGAUUAAAGUCAGAGCCCUGGCACUGGUCAGGAAAAAUACAAUUGGCAUGCAACUAAAAAGGCAUAAUAAAACUCAGAAUUAA